CUAGUCUGUAAAGUCUGUAGUGAAUUUUCACCCUAUACCACUAUGAGUAAUUCUCUAAAGCCAUGGCCUCAUGCUAUCCGCCCACCCGCCUUCAUUUUCUUUUGUCUGCUCACUUGUCGUUGUCUUUUGCAUCCCCCGGAUUCUGUUCUGGGCUUUCUCUUCCUCAGGCUUCCCUCACGCCCAGCUUUUGUUCCGUCCAUCUCAUCAUCCACUUCUUCUUCUGCUUCUGCUUCUGCUUCUACUUUUGCUUCUUCUUUUUCUUCUUAUUUGUUUUUUGUACCACCCACAACUGUUUGUGUGUGUGUGUGUGUGUGUGUUUCUUCUGUGUGUCUCUUAUCUAACUAUCUCCAGUAUUCAUCCAUUCAUCCUCAUCUCCUGUCUGCCACCACCCACCCCCCUCUCCCUUCCUAGUCGUCUAUCGCUUGAUUUCCCUGUCACCUCACCUCGUUUCUCUUUCCUCACGUUGCCUUUUUCCUUGGUUUUUUUCCUUUUUUUCCUUAUUCUCUUAACCCU